CAUUACUUUAUAAGGGGGCUGUAGUGAGUGUGGUCCACUGUUCUCUAGGAAGCCUGGGGAGCAGUGGGGCAGCCAUGGAGCUGCUGGGCGGGACUGGCCUGUGGCCUGUGGCCAUCUUCACGGUCAUCUUCAUAUUGCUGGUAGACCUGAUGCAUCGGCGCCAGCACUGGACUGCGGGCUACCCACCAGGCCCUGUGCCAUGGCCUGUCCUAGGUAACCUGCUGCAGGUGGACUUAGAGAACAUGCCAUACAGCUUGUACAAGCUCCAAAACCGCUAUGGUGACGUGUUCAGCCUGCAGAUGGCCUGGAAGCCUGUGGUUGUGAUCAAUGGACUGAAGGCUGUGCGGGAAGUGCUGGUGACCUGUGGAAAGGACACUGCUGAGUGCCCUCCAGUGCCCAUCUUUGAGUACCUGGGUUUGAGGCCCAAAUACCUAGGUGUGGUUUUUGCACCUUACGGGCCCGAGUGGCGAGAGCAGCGGCGAUUCUGUGUGUCCACCCUGCACAACUUCGGCCUGGGCAGGAAAUCUCAGGAGCAGUGGGUGACAGAGGAGGCUGGCCACCUCUGUGACGCCUUCAGCCACCAGGCUGGGAGCCCCUUCAAUUCAAAAACCCUUCUGAACAAAGCUGUGUGCAACAUGAUCACAUCUCUCAUUUUUGCCCACUGCUUCGAGUAUGGAGACCCUUUUCUCAUCAGGAUGCUGAAAUUAUUGGAGGAAUGUCUGACAGAGGUCUCUGGCUUCAUUCUUGAGGCUCUAAAUGCGUUCCCGAUGCUCCUGCGUGUCCCAGGGCUGGCUGACAAGGCCUUACAAGGUCAGAAGACCUUCAUGGCCAUGGUGGAUAAACUGUUGACUGAAAACAGAAUCACCUGGGACCCUGCCCAGCCACCCCGGGACCUGACUGAUGCCUUCCUGGCUGAGGUGGAGAAAGCCAAGGGGAAUCCUGAGAGCAGCUUCAAUGAUGAGAACCUGCGCAUGGUGGUCAUUGACCUGUUCAUGGCGGGGAUGGUGACCAUGUCAACCACACUGUCCUGGGCCCUGUUGCUCAUGAUCCUGCACCUGGAUGUGCAUCGCCGCGUCCAGCAGGAAAUCGAUGAAGUCAUCGGGCAGGCGCGGUGUCCAGAGAUGGCAGACCAGGCCCGCAUGCCCUACACCAAUGCUGUGGUCCAUGAGGUGCAGCGCUUUGCGGACAUCGUCCCAUUGAAUUUGCCACGCCUGGCCUCUCGUGACAUUGAAGUGCAGGGCUUCCGCAUCCCCAAGGGGACCACCCUCAUCCCCAACCUGUCCUCCGUGCUGAAGGACGAGACUACUGUGUGGGAGAAGCCCCUCCAGUUCCAUCCUGAACACUUCCUGGAUGCCCAGGGCCACUUUGUGAAGCAUGAGGCCUUCAUGCCAUUCUCAGCAGGCCGCUGAGUAUGCCUGGGGGAGCCCCUGGCCCGCAUGGAGCUCUUCCUGUUCUUCACCUGCCUCCUGCAGCGCUUUAGCUUCUCAGUGCCCGAGGGACAGCCCCGGCCCAGUGACCAUGGCACCUCUGCUCUUCCAGUUGCCCCCUCUCCCUAUCAGCUCUGUGCUGUAAUGCGCCAUCAGGGACACUAAUCUUAGUCCUGCUCUGCAGCACACGCUGAGCUAUGCACAAUGAACCAGUCUCGUGGCUG